GGCAGCUGGCGAGUUUGGACUGUAGGGGUGCUCCGGGGGCACAGCGGUCUACCAUGUAUUAUGUGAUCGCCGCCAUGAAAGCUCAAAUUGAAAUAAUUCCAUGCAAAAUCUGUGGAGACAAAUCUUCAGGGAUUCAUUAUGGGGUCAUCACGUGCGAGGGUUGUAAGGGUUUCUUCCGACGAAGCCAGCAGAGCAAUGCAACUUACUCAUGUCCACGCCAGAAAAACUGUUUGAUUGAUAGGACAAGCAGGAAUCGUUGUCAGCAUUGUCGGCUGCAGAAAUGCCUCGCUGUGGGCAUGUCCCGGGAUGCUGUAAAGUUUGGUCGUAUGUCCAAAAAGCAGAGGGACAGUUUGUAUGCAGAGGUACAAAAACAUCGCAUGCAGCAACAGAGAGACCACCAGCAGCCUCCAGGAGAGGCAGAACCUUUGAAUCCUGCAGGUUAUGGGCUCACCCCAAAUGGUCUCACUGAACUUCGGGAUGACUUGGGUGGAUACAUGGAAGAGGAAAGCAAAAAUGAUUCAACUGUAAACAGCUUUUAUUUAGAUAUCCAGCCAUCCCCUGAUCAGUCAGGCCUGGAUGUUAAUGGCAUAAAACCAGAACCCCUUUGUGACUAUACUCCUGCAUCUUCUUUCUUCCCAUACUGUUCCUUCACCAACGGCGAGACAUCCCCAACAAUUUCUAUGGCAGAACUUGAACAUCUUGCUCAGAAUAUCUCUAAGUCCCACAUGGAGACUUGCCAGUAUUUACGGGAAGAGCUUCAGCAGCUUAUGUGGCAGACUUUCCUUCAGGAAGAGAUUGAUAACUACCAGAGCAAGGUAAGGGGCACAGAUAGAAGGCAGAGUGCCAAAAACCUGUAAAGAGCUUUGCAACAGUAUUGAUCACAUUUGUCUUGUUUUGCCCCAUUGCUGCUGUACUCUUUGGGAAUGGUUUUUUAGACUUUUAGGGAUUGCAGGCAAUCUGUAUGUAGGGCAAUUAUUUUGUAAUUCUUAUCUUUUAUCGUCAAGUUACAAGGAUAACAGUUGGUACAGUAGAAGACAAUAUAAAUCUUUUAGGGAAUUAUAUUUUGCCAGGAAAAACCUGGAUACAUGAUCAAUAAUAAAUAUGUCCCUUAAUAUUUGGUAGCUGCUGGCCCAGCCAUUCUAUUGAGAUUCCCUUGUUGUGAAUUACACUUUUUACAUAUGGCCGAAAGUCAAUUGAACAGGUUUGAUUUUACCGUUGGUUCGAGGUCACAUUAGCUUAUUGAUGCGGUUCUAGCUUCGACUGGCUCCUAGUCCCAUGGUUAUUUCCCCCAAUAUUGGCCACUUUAAGUGGGAAUACCAGGAGUAAGAUCUGUUUGUUUGGCGACCUAGCGAGCCGAGCAAAUCUUACAGUGUAUGGCCAGCUUUAGUUGGUACUCCUGUCACUUACAAAUGAGUGUUGUCUCAAACCCUGGUAUCAGGUUACUAUAUUUUUCUUGGGCAUAGGGCAAAUUUCUUAGUUUACUGCCAAACUUACUUAUACAUAACACUAUAAAUUAGUGUCCCACGCCAAUAUUUAAAGCACCUUUUCCCCUGUUAUAGUGCAGCAGGUAUUGUUGGGUAUUAUAAUAUAAAUAAUCCUCUCUAGUUUGACAUUAACUGAGACAUAGAAUUACCCUUGCAGUCUAUUUGCAAAGAGAUGAUGUGACAGUCAGAGUAAAGAGAUGUUCUUUACCUUAUGUCAACGCUGGCAAAGUUUUCUGCACAAACCUGCUGCCCUUCUAGUUGAUACAUACAAGCUCUGCCACUGUGUAAAGCAGUGAUCCCCAACUAGUGGCUCAUGAGCAACAUGUUGCUCACCAGUCCCAUGGAUGUUGCUUCCAGUGGCCUCAAAGCAGAUGAUUAUUUUUGAAUUCCUGGCUUUUGGGCAAGUUUUGGUUGCAUAAAAACCAGGUGGACUGCCAAACAGAGCCUCCUGUAGGCUGCCAAAUCGACAAUUAGAGCCCCUAUUUGUAACCCCAGGAACACUAUUCAUGCUUGUUUUGCUCUCCACUUCUUUUUACAUUUGAAUGUGGCUCAUAGGUAAAAAAGGUUGGGGAUACCUGGCGUAAAGCAUUCAGCGCACUUGAGAGCAGUGGGAUUUGCUCAGCUAAUAGCACAAUAGCACUCACACAAGGAAUAGCUAAGUGCUUUGCUCUCACACUUUUGUACAUAGGCAAGAUAUACCAACUUCAUAGAGUACUGCCAUGAAAGCAUAAUGUAGCAAAUUUUCUGGCAUAUUGUCAGGAUAUAACUAUGCCAAUGUUUCUGCAGUUUUUUCUGUGUAUAUACUUUUUCAAGGUGUUAUAAAUAUGCCCCAGUGACCCUGUUAUGUUACAUGACCCCUUUCUGCUGGGUUUCAUGGCGCAGAUUGAUGGCCUGUUUUUUUGUUCCAGAAUUUUCUAAUUAAAACCUGAAUUUUUCUGUGCAGAUCCAAAUGCCAUUGAGCCAUAUAUUUUUGAUAUCUUUGUCACCAAGCUUGACAGUAUAUUGCAAGUUUUUAUAGUGUUCAUGUUUUGCUGAAGGACUGUUACACAAAGUUACAGAUUUGAUUCAUAUGUCUAGGAAACAUUAUUCCAGAUGUCUGGUGGCUGAUCCAGAUGCUCUUUGGGGAACUAAGGAAGGGCAGUGUGUUCUUUUUAGAGGGCAUUUUUUUUUAUCUUUCUGUCCUCUUCUGAACAACAUUACUCUUGACUUUACUUAUGGUUGGUACAUGAUUCUAUGCUGUGAGGAUAAGCAAAACAUUUUUUUGUAAUUUCAUGAAACCUCUAUGUUAAAGGGGAACUGUUGCAAAAAUUACAAUUCACUACAGCUUUGAUAUCAUUGAACAAAAACACUUAAUACAAAUAAUGAAUAUAAAUUUCUGUACCGUUUCUAAAAUGAUCAAGUUAAUAUUUGCUAUCCCCCUUAGCAGUUGGUCUCUCAUCAUUCUGUCUUCAUGCAGGAAUCAGUCAGAUUUUCACUAACAGGUCUGAUACAUCUUUUGUUGAUUCUUUUCUGAUUCUUUUCUGCCAUCGUGUUCUGUGCAAAACUUAAGAAAACAAAAAAAACAAAUAAACAGCAACUUUUAUUAAAUUAUAUUAUACAGUUAAUAAUAAGGUAGUUAUUUAAGUCCAUUAUUAUAACAACACAUUUUGCUUGGCUCUAACUCUCUAAUUAAUGAUAUGCUCUGAAACAGUUGCCCUUUUAUGAACAUGUCAUUGGCACUAAGUAUGAUUGCUCAUGUUUUAGAAUAUUGGUUGAUUUUACUAUGACUUGAAAUGUUACAUACUUAAAUAUAUUAAACAGGAAUAUUGCAGUGUAGACUUGCUGUUUGAGAAUUUGCUUUGACCAUGCCUUGUGUUUUUACUACAGCAGCGGGAAGUGAUGUGGCAGCUUUGUGCUGUGAAGAUCACAGAGGCAAUUCAAUAUGUGGUGGAAUUUGCCAAACGCAUUGAUGGAUUUAUGGAGCUGUGUCAAAAUGACCAAAUAGUGUUGCUGAAAGCAGGUAAAUAUGUGAUUUACAGAGAACAUUGAAUACUUUUCAUUUUUAUAUAUUCAGACUGUUUUCUGCCAAAGUUGUUGAUCUCCCACUGAUUAUUGAGCGUAAAUGUAGAUAAAAAUGAACUCCAGCACCAGAGAAUAUGGGAUAGAAGCAAUAAUGAUAUGCAUAAUAUAAUUAUUUUUAAGAUGGGUACAUCCUUGUGAAAAAAAGUGUAUCAAACACAGUAAUUAUACCCUAACAGGGCUGAGUAAAAAAAAAAAACAAAAACAAAUUCCCUCUUGCUGAACGAGAACACUCAGAUUGAGCUGCAACACUUAGGAGUAGGUAGGUACUUUACAGUGCAGUGGCAUAGUAACCCUACAACAGACCCUGCUGGCCAAGGGGGUGGGGUUAGUUGCAGAUCUUUAGCUGGGGGCCCAAACAAGGUACCCCACUGGGUGGGUACUUAUAAAUCCCUUGUAAAUUACAGGCCCAUCACAAAUCAGUGUUAGUGCAGUUGUCAGUAUAUGUUUAGGCGGCUGCAGAUCAGCUUUUGCUAAAAUAGAAGAAUCAGGAGAAGCACCUAAUUGUGUAAAACCUUACUUUAAUAUAAAAGUGUAUUUUAAAAUCUGGCAUCAUCAGAUUUUAAGUAUUUUUAGGCACCCCUAAGUACUGGAUAGGUAUCAAAUCCAUAGAUUACAGGAAGAAUUAUGCCAUUAUGAAGCUGUAUAGGUGCCUCAGCUGACAGGGCUAGUAUACAUUGCAAUCAUUCUUCUUGUGGUAAGUGGUUCUCAUUUCUGGGACUUUGAGCUAGUUAAAUAUUUGCUGUGGAUGUCUAGGUGAUACGGAGGGGAGAGAAGAUUCUGACACAAAAGCCCAGCACUGCAAGGAAACAAUGCUAACCACCAAGUCACUGUUAACAGUGGUUAUGGUUAUUUUUAUUAGGGUUUCUAGGUAUCUACAUUCGCCAUCAGCAACAGCAAUAUGUAAACACAGAAACACAUAAAACAUUUCUCUGCACCUUGCAGCUUAUGGUGUAUUCAUUGUAAUAUUAAAGUAUCACCAUAAACAGACAUACAUUAGUAUACUUAAGCACCUUCUGCCCUGUUAUGUACAGAUUCAGCCAUUCAUUUUAGCUGUCCCCAAGCUCACUAACACAAUGAAACGCACUAAGGAAGUUCUGCAAAAUGAAUGGAAAAUGUAGCUUAAAUUGAUUCAUUACUCAGUCUCUGACCUGCCUUUCUUUUCUUUGCCCUACAGGCUCUUUAGAAGUUGUAUUUAUUAGAAUGUGUCGUGCCUUUGAUUCACAGAAUAACACAGUCUAUUUUGAUGGCAAAUAUGCUGGCAUAGAGGUCUUCAAAGCCCUAGGAUGUGAAGACUUCAUAAGUUUUGUUUUUGAGUUUGGGAAGAGUUUGUGCUCUUUACAUUUAACAGAGGAUGAGAUUGCUCUGUUCUCUGCCUUUGUGCUGAUGUCUGGAGAUCGAUCUUGGCUUCAGGAGAAAAUGAAGAUUGAGAAGCUCCAGCAAAAAAUCCAACUGACCCUACAGCAUGUUUUGCAGAAGAAUCACCGCGAGGAUGGUAUUCUGACAAAGUUAAUAUGCAAAGUCUCAACACUGCGUGCAUUAUGUGGGCGGCAUGCAGAGAAACUCAUGGCAUUUAAAGCAAUAUACCCAGAUAUCGUCAGGCAUCACUUUCCACCACUCUACAAGGAACUCUUUACCUCUGAAUAUGAACCAGCAAUGCAACUGGAGGGAUAGAUGAGCCACUGGGCUAAUAUCUGGAUUACCCACCUGCAUAAAAAUUUUAUACAUUUGCACACAUAUAUGUGCGUGUAAACAGCAAGGAGGAACCAAGACACUUUACACAAACCUGAGUGUCAGUGGAGAAGGUGAAGGGUGACAUGAACAGACUUUUGUCCUUGACUUCUAACCCACCAACCAGGUUUAUUGUUUACAAAAGGCUAAUGAAAGAGCUUAAGGACCAACUGCAGGGCAGGCUAUUAAGCUAGAACCACACCUGCAUUUUAACCAUGAGACUUCUGAGGUCUCUAGCAAUACAAGUAAAAUAUUUAUAUAUAUAAAUAAGUAUAUGUAUUACAGGGUAUGUGGGCAUGAACAAUUUUUUUUUUUAGGAUAUGGAGAUAUUGUUUAAAGUGUAGGGGCCAGAUUUAGUUUUCCUGGUCUGAAUCAAUAAGGCACUUUUCUGGAUUUGUUUUGCACCGUUUUCUUAUUUCCUGACGCGCUCACCCUUGUUUAGUGAAAUGUGUUUGCCUGUUUCUUUUGCCUCUUUGCUUGUUUUUAUUUUAUUUUUCCCUUUUAAAUGCACAUCUGAAAUUUGAGACUUAGUGGAAAAAAAAGCAAUAGAUACUGGAGGAAGAUGGCGGAGAGGGAAUUGCUGCUGUUUUUCUCUGAUUGAGGACAGAAAUACAGCUGGUCCAGUUAGUGUAUAGAAUAUUUGUUUGGGUGUUGGAAGGGGUUGUUACAAGUCCUGAGUGAGAUGAAAGUAAUUCCUUCAUAAUUAUGAAUGGAUCUGCUGAUGAGCUAGGCAUUGGGAUGUGUAAAGGAACAAAAAGCUCAGUUCAGUAAAUAGUCUGUGUCACCGUGUGUUUCAAGUGGUAAAUGUCAGGUGUAUCCAUUAGGUGUCACUGUGUCUCCUCUCCUUGGGAAGGGCAACUAGAAGCAGCCAUGCAGGAUUACUGCAGCUAACACUCUAAGAACACACCUCUCUAAAUCUCUACAAAACAUAUUGAUUUCAAAUUGUACACCAAAAAUAAUGACUUUUUUUCAUUAUUGCUUUCAAUUAUUUACUGAAAUAUAAGUUUAAAAAUGAAUUUUCCCUGCUUUUAAGCUUCCCACUGCAGCUCAGUAAACCAGAUCCCCUUUUGGGGCCUUAUUUAUUAAAAUUCGAGCUUUCUGAAUUCCCACAAAUCAAAUUAAAAAAAGGGGGAAUAUUUUUGCUUAAUUUUUAUUAUGCUGAAACGUUCAAACAGAAUUUGAAAAACUCAAAUUGACUAAAUAGUUAAUAUGUUUACUAGGACAGCCCCGUUGACUUCUAAAUGACCACCCAAGCUUUCAGAAGCUUAAUUUUUACAAUUGCGUUUUCUGCACUUUUUUGCUUAAUAGAUAUUGAAAAUGUGCAUUUUUAAUCAUUAUUCAUAUUUACAAUUAUUAAUGAUUAACGCAAAUAAAAAAAAAAAAAAA